AAGAGGCACGCCAGGAUUUGUUAGGACCCCAGAUUAGGACACCGUUGGGCAGACGAGGGAGGAUUCUCUUGGGCCCAAUUGGAGGCUUCCGUGGAGCACAGAAACCAAAGAUGGAAGACUCAGCUGGCCCUGCAGCAAGAAGAUGUCCGUAUAUCAUCCAGGCUGGGAUCCCUGGGGAAUUCUGGGAAAGAACAGUGCAGAAGAUCCUGUGUAUGGUGGAGACCCUCAGCUCAGAUGUGCAGCACCAGCACUUCAGGCAGUGCCGCUACCAGGAGGCCAAAGGGCCCAGAGAACUUUGCAGGCAACUCCACCAUCUCUGCCGGCAGUGGUUGAAGCCAGAGCAACGCACGAAGAAAGAGAUCUUGGACCUGGUGAUCCUGGAGCAGUUCUUGGCUGUCCUUCCACCGGAGAUGGAGAACUGGGUGAGGGAAUGUGGAGCAGAGACCACUUCCCAGGCAGUAGCCCUGGCCGAAGGUUUCUUCCUGAGCUGGGCAGAGGACAAGAAGCAGGCAGAGCAGCAGCUCACGGGUCUGUUUGCAGAAGUGGCCACUGAUUUCCUGGAGUCAGAGGUGGCUCUGUUGGAUGUAGCGGGGAGUCGCCUGCACAGAGGGACCAUUCAGGAGAGUGACAGACUUGCCACCUCACUCGAUGGUAAAAUGAGGCCGGCAAGACCUCCUCAGCCGUCUCUUCUUUGUGAUGGAGAAGAAGCAGCUGUUGUAAAUCUGGAUCAGGGUCUGGUGUCCUUUGAGGAUGUGGCUGUCUAUUUCACCGAGGAGGAGUGGGCUCUGCUAGAUCCCCACCAGAGGGCGCUGCACAGGGAAGUUAUGGAGGAGAAUUGUCAGAUAGUUGUCUCUCUCAGUCAUGAAUGGGAAGCCGAGAAUCAGGGAGACCUACAAGGGGUGUUCCCCGAAAGAGUCACAUGUAUUAAGGGGGAGCAGCAGACAAGGGGAACUGCAGAAGAAGGAUCCUGUACUUUUCAGGGCAAUGACUGCCAUCAAAUCCCAGUCCCAGAAAAACUGCAAAAAGGAAGAGAAACAAAUACAGGCUGUGUGCAUCAGAGAAGUUGCCAUUUUAAAUCAACAUUUAAAACUCAUUACAAAAUCCACACAGGAAAGAAACCAUACAAAUGCUUUGAGUGUGGAAAGAGCUUCACACAGAAGAUACAUCUAGCUACCCAUCAAAGAAUCCACACCGGGGAGAAACCAUUUAAAUGCUUGGAGUGUGGAAAGAGCUUUUAUAGAAGCACAGACUUCCAACGUCAUAGAAGAAUACACAGUGGGGAGAAACCAUAUAAAUGUUUGGAGUGUGGAAAGAGUUUCACACAGAAGACAAGUCUCACUUUGCAUCAAAGAAUUCACAGUGGGGAGAAACCAUUUAAAUGCUUGGAGUGUGGAAAGAGCUUCAGUAAUAAGUCAAAUCUCAAUUCUCAUCAAAGAAUUCACAGAGAAGAGAAACCAUUUAAAUGCUUGGACUGUGGAAAGAACUUCAUGAAGAAGACAACUCUUACUUCUCAUCAAAGAAUUCACACAGGAGUGAAACCAUAUAAAUGUUCAGAAUGUGGAAAGAGCUUCACUAAUAAGUCAUGUCUCACUUCUCAUCACAGAAUCCACACAGGGGAGAAACCAUAUAAAUGCUUGGAGUGUGGAAAGAGCUUUUCUCAAAGUUCUUCCCAUAUUACCCAUCAAAGGAUCCAUACAGGGGAGAAACCAUUUAAAUGCAUGGAGUGUGGAAAGAGCUUCAGUCGUAAGUCAUCUCUCACUUCUCAUCAAAGAAUUCACAGUGGGGAGAAACCAUUUAAAUGUCUGGAAUGUGGAAAGCACUUCAAUAGUAAGUCAUGUCUCACUUCUCAUCAAAGAAUCCACACAGGGGAGAAACCAUUUAAAUGCUUGGAGUGUGGAAAGAGCUUUUAUACAAGCACAGACUUCCAUCGUCACAAAAGAAUUCACAGUGGGGAGAAACCAUAUAAAUGUUUGGAGUGUGGAAAGAGCUUCAGACAGCAGAAUAGUCUCACAUGGCAUCAAAGAAUUCAUACAGGGGAGAAACCAUACAAAUGCUUGGAGUGUGAAAAGACCUUCAGGAAUAAGUCAAAUCUCAAUUCUCAUCAAAGAAGUCAUACAAGGGUGAAACCAUUUAACUGCAUGGAGUGUUGAAAGAGUUUCUGUCAGAAGACAUAUCUUACCUCAUCAAAGAAUUGACACGGGGGGAAAACAUACAAUUGCUUGGAGUAUUGAUGGAGCGUAAGAGAAAAUACACAUUUUGCUACUCAUCCAAAAUUCAUAAAGGGGACAAACCGCAUAAAUGAUUGGAGUUAAAAGUUAUAAAGAAAAGAAUUCACAUAGGAGAUAAACUGUAGGAGUCUGUAUGUGGAAUAUGAUUCUGUCACAGUUUAACUCCCAUUUCAAAUUGGACCUGGGCUGGUGAGGGAUGCGGCUUGGAUGAUGAAGACUGACUUGGCCGGAGAUCUGAGGGUCCUAUGAUGUGUAGGAAACAGACAUGCUUUGAAAAAAAUGAAACUUUGCUGAAAUAGUCUGUUUGUGUAGACCUGGGGUGGGGAAGCUCCAGUCCCCAAAUCAAUCUUGAUCCCCUGUGGCAGUGAUUCUCAAACAGUGCGCCACGGCGCACUGGUGCGCCGCAAGAGGUGGCUAGGUGUGCCUCGAAUAUUAUGAAAGUAUAUUUUAAAAAUGAGAAGAAACCUAUUUGUAUAGAGAUUUAUUACAUCCAUGAUCAAUUAAUUUAUUCAUAGUUUAAAAUAUAUUAAUAUAUUUUUAAUUUUGUACACGAAGUGCGCCAGAAAACUUGUAUAUGUUUUACAGUGCGCCGCGAACCAAAAAAGUUUGGGAACCACUGCCCUAUGGGAUCCAAAUUUGGGUUGCCAGCCUUUUUUUAACAACCCCCUUUUUUUCACCACCCUGGGCUCCUACUGGGAGGAAGGGCGGGAUAUAAAUCUAAUAAAGGAAAUUAAUAAAUAAUAAAUAAAACCAUGCUGACCUGCCAAUCAAGCGAUGUCACCUGACGUCACUUGUCAAUCAUCUGGUGUCUGGUGACGUCUUACCAGGGCUCCCUGGAGUCUUGAUUAUUGUUUUUGCAGGUAUUGAUUUGGCCUAAUUCCUCAGUCCACCCUCUGAAAGAGACUUUUUCCUCACUGUUAAAUAAGAAGCCAGAAUAUCUGCUGCUAGGGUGGUCCUUAAGGGCUCUCUGGCUGCUCCGGGAGCUCUGUGAUCACACUCGUUCCUCCUGCCUGCCUGCUACCCACCUCCAUGCACCAGUAGCAUCAGGGAAAUACGUGCUGGAAGUGGGGUUCAGUUUGAAGGCAGACUGUCAGUUUGCAUUGGUAAGGAAGGAAUCUAAAAAUAAUUUAACACUGUGCCUGGUGUGAAAGUGAGAGUGCGCUGUGAAGCGGGGAUGGGGAAUAACUUGCUCUGUGUAUGUUUUUAAACUUUAAAAGGAAAGAACUAAAUUAGACUUUGACGCAUUGGACUUUGGUCAUGCCCUACCUUAGAGGGUUGGCCAGAUAACAAUCUGGCCCUCCAAAAAAAACAAGGUUCACCAAUCCUGUUACAGAAAUUGGUUUUAUACACUCUUUUGUAUUAUACAGAGAGCCAAUGUAGUGUAGUGGUUAAGGUGCUGGACUACGAACGAAUCCCCACACAGCCAUGAAGCGCACUGGGUGACCUUGGGCCAGUCACUGCCUCUCAACCUCAUGAAAACCCUAUUCAGAGGGUCGCCAUAAGUCGGAAUCGAAUUGAAGGCAGUACAUUUUUAUUAUUAUUAUUAUUAUUAUUAUUAUUAUUAUUAUUAUAUGAACAUGUAAAGCCUUGUUUGCCUAGUUAUUUGGGGAUUAUGAGGUUAACUUGCUAUCCCUGCCCUAAGGCUCAAAUGAGAAGGUGGUGGGCUUCAUUGAGGAUUCCUACGCCUAUAAUUUGCAGGGGUGGGUAUCCAGAGGCCAAACAGACAGAGCCUUGAAUUAAACACCUUCAGUUGAACUGGAGACCUGACAGCUUUUGUAUGUCUAGGAGAGAGGCGGCAAGAAGGACCUGCACCAGAGAAGGUAAGUUUGCAGCUCUAGGGAAUGUAAUUAGAGACCAGGAAAGAGGACUGUGUUAAACCCUUUGCUCAUUUGUUCCUUUGCUCCAUUGGGGCAUAUGCUGGUGUAAUGGAACUUUUCCAUGUAAUAUCUCUGUGGGAGGUUCGCCUGAAAAGUGACACAUCCCUUAAAUGAAUAAGUAAGCCCACCUCCUUUAUCCCAGAUUGAUUUAUCUGCUGCAUGGUUCUCCUCCCCCUGUCCAUCUUAUUCUCACAUCAAUCCUGUGAGGUAGAUUAUAUUGAGAGACAGUGACGAACCCGAAGUCACCCAGUGAGCUUUGUGGAUAAACAGGGAUCUGAGCGCAGGCCUCCCUUGUCCUAGUCCUCCACCUCAUUGGCUCCCUACAGAUGUAUGGGAUCUGAUUGUAGCUUCUCACUGGUGCUGGAAAGGUCUUCUGAAUAAUAUUCUUUUUAUAUUGUUUUUCAAAUGUUCUAAGAUUAAGCACUAGGGAGAGGGGCCACAAUUCAGUGGUAGAGCACGUGCUGUACAUGUUAAAGAUUCUAGGUUCAAUCCCUGGCAUCUCCAGGAAAGACUCUGGAACCCUGGCACUUCUAAAACCAGAGCUUGGAAAAGUUACUUUUUUAAACUACAACUCCCAUCAGCCCCAGCCAGCAUGGCCACUGGAUUGGGCUGAUGGGAGUUGUAGUUCAAAAAAGUAACUUUUCCAAGCUCUGUCUAAAACCCAGGUGAACCACUACUAGUGUGUGUAGAUAAUACUGAGCAAGGGGAACCAAUGGCCUAUCUAUCUAUCUAUCUAUCUAUCUAUCUAUCUAUCUAUCUAUCUAUCUAUCUAUCUAUCUAUCUAUCUAUCUAUCUAUCUAUCUAUCUAUCUAUCGGUUCUUCCACUUAUCCACCCACACAUUUUCUAUUAGACUUAUUGGACAUCAUCUUAGAGAAGAAUUACUUUAGAAUUAACACUCAAUUUUACUUUCAAGUAAAAGGUGUUGCAGGCUAGUGGCCCCUAGCAUAGCAAAUUUAUAUAUGGCAAUUAGAGAAGACCACGAUUUUGAAUCCUAGUCAUAAUCUUUUUCAAACAUUUCAAAUAUUAUGGAUGCUAAAUUGAUAACAUUGUUAUUUUUUCUGGGGUCUCUGAUUUUUUUCCAGAUAGACCAACACAUUUGAUGAUAAUAUUAAAUUUAGCUGUCAUGGAUUUAAUUCAAAUAGCAUUUUUGGAUGUCUUGGUUCAUAUACGAAACAACAUCCUUUGUGUAAAAGGCUACUCCAAACCCACAGAUAGAUAUUUCCUAUUACAUUAUUCUAGUUGUCAUCCUAAACAUUUAAAAAAUCAUUUUCCAUAUGGACAAUUUUUACACUUAAAAAGGAAUCGUACCAGAGAAUAAUCGUAUAAAUCAUAACUUUCUUUAGAAUUAUAGGAUAGGGGCUUUCCUAAACAAGUAGUUCAAGAAUCUAGAUUUAGAGCAGAUAAUAUCUUCAGACAGAUUGUUUUCAGGACAUCCUAACGUGAAAACUAAUAGAUUGUUUUGGUCAGUGGAAUUCAGUCAUCUGGCUUAUAAUAAACACAUUAUUAACAACCAUUGGCACAUUGUGCAAGACCCACCUGCAAGCCAAAGUGCCCCAAUAGUAGGUUAUUGCAGGACCCAGAAUUUAGCUGAUAAACUGGUUCAUUCAGAUAUCCUUGAUAUUACACCUAGGUUUGACUGGACAUUAUAAACUUGGUCAUUGUUCUUGUUGCACUCAGUGUUUCGUUUCCAAAGAAAUUGUCCAUCCAGAGAGCAAUUGGAAAAUUGUGUUCAGGUCUUUUACCAACUGUAAUUCUAUUCAUGUUGUUUAUGUAAUUAAAUGCCCCUGUAAUAAAUUGUAUGUGAGUCAAACUACCUGACUUCUUAAAGUAAGAAUGAAUGAGUAUAAAUCUAAGAUACGAAAGGGCAAUUUGGAAGCCCCAUUAACAGAGCAUUUUUUGGAAAACAGACAUGGGCCUUCUGACUUGUUAUUUUUUGCAAUUGAAAAGAUCUAUACUCGUUCAUAUAAAAGAAUGUCUUUGGACUUGCUUGGUGCACAAUGAGAGGUGUUUUGGAUCCACACUUUAAACCACUCUCCAGCUGGUUUAAAUGACAAAAUUGAUUUAUCUAUGCUUUUGUAUUCUUUGUUUGUACAGGAGUUUGCUCCUGAAUGUUUCUUUGACAAGCCACCUAUUUCCGCUGUGCAUGCCCCUUUAAGACUUCACUUUGAUGCUUGUUAUCAAGCACCUUUCAAACCUUUUCCCUGACUGAGCAAGUGAUUAUUUGACUGGUAGAUUAUAGUUGUGUCUUCUUGAUUUUGAUUUAAAUCC